GUCAAGACCAACCACGCACAGGGAUAGAGAGUGAGGGAGUCAGUGACUGGUGAGCGAGAACGAGAGUAACGAAGGAGCUGUGGUUGUAGUGGUCACCCCAGCAAGGUUGUAUCUUGUGUGUGCGCGUCUCUUUGAUCCUUGUGUUUUCUUUCUUGUCUUGUCCCGGUUGUCUCCCGUUUCUUUUCAUCCGCAUUCAGGAAUCACACACACGCACACACCCGACCCCAAAGACACCAGGUUGAGGGGAGAUUCUUUCCCAUUCGGGAAGAGCAAGCAGUUGUCCCAUUUGUUCCUUCUCUCGUUCUAAGCUCUAACACCACAGAAUCGACCCAGAACAGAGUCUCUAGCUUUUGUACACAGAGAAGCCUCGGAAUGGAGAUGGAGAGUGAGAUAAAACGGUCCAAGUUCGGAAGGAUUUGUGUCUUCUGUGGGAGUAGCCAGGGGAAGAAGAGCAGCUAUCAGGAUGCUGCUAUUGAGCUGGGCAAAGAGCUGGUGUCGAGGAACAUUGAUCUGGUCUAUGGUGGAGGUAGCAUAGGCCUUAUGGGCUUGGUCUCACAAGCUGUUCAUGAUGGUGGUGGGCAUGUCAUUGGAGUCAUUCCCAAGACGCUCAUGCCCCGAGAGUUAACUGGCGAGACAGUAGGAGAGGUGAAGGCAGUUGCAGAUAUGCAUCAAAGAAAGGCAGAGAUGGCUAAGCAUUCAGAUGCUUUUAUUGCCUUGCCUGGGGGUUAUGGGACUCUAGAAGAGCUGCUCGAAGUUAUAACCUGGGCCCAGCUCGGCAUUCACGAUAAGCCGGUGGGAUUACUUAAUGUGGACGGAUACUACAAUUCCUUGCUUUCAUUUGUCGACAAAGCUGUAGAGGAGGGUUUCAUCAGUCCGAGUGCACGUCAAAUCAUCGUAUCAGCUCCUUCAGCCAAGGAGUUAGUGAAGAAAUUGGAGGAAUAUGUGCCGUGUCAUGAAAGAGCAAUCUCCAAGUUGAACUGGGAGGUUGAGCAGCUUGACUAUCCUCAAGAUUAUGAUAUUUCUAGGUGACAAGUUCGAGUCUCACAAUGCCACUAGGGAAAGUCGAAAGACGAUUUUAUAGACAUGGAAAGUAGAAGAAAGGAACUAAUUUGGAAUAUAUUGGGAGGUUUUCCCAGUUGAGGAAAAUGCUUCUUGUUUUUGUAAAUUCACUUGCACUUUGACUAUGAUAUGUGAAGCUUCAUAUUCCCUUGAAAUGAAGAUAUCUUCAUUUUGGUUUC